CACAUAGGCACUGCAGAGGUUCUCUCAAUAUAUUCUCUAGUCUUCACGGGGCCUUGUUUUUCUGAUACUGGCAAACGGCAAGGUCAACUUGCGCAACAAACACUAUGCAGUAUACGCCUUUUGCUUCAGAUAUAGAGCUCCCAUUUUACACGGCAUUAGCAUCCUUGAAAAUCAAUCAUGACAAGCUUGAUGACUCCGCCCGCAAGAUAAUGGGCCUCUAUGAAAUUCGCUCAACAGACCCUCCUAGCAGCUCAUGUCGGAUGCAAAUACACGGAAAUGCUCUAACCAGUGAUGAGGUACCAGCGGGUUUCUACAGGGCCGAAGGAUUGAUUAAGAAUGUCAACACCAUCGAGGAAUACCGAGCUGCAGAUAAAACCCUUUUACUCCACCGAUCUGGCAGAAUGAUAUGGGAUGCGAUAAAAGAUGGCACGAUCUAUUCGUGUCCUUCACUUUUGUCUUCUUUUGCCAUUCUUUCUUAUGCAGACCUGAAGAGAUACAAGUUUCAUUAUUGGUUCGCAUUCCCUGCAAUUCAUUUGGAUCCUUCCUGGGCCCCGCUAGGGGCAACUAAUGAUACUGCCCACUCCAAGUCUUCUGAAAGGGAAUAUGUACCUUCUACAUACUUAUCAGGUGCUGAAAGUUCAACACUCGUGGAAGCAGUAAACACCUGGAGCUACGGCAUUGACGCACGCCAGCGUGGUUUUUUUCUAGCUCGAAGAACCCUAGCUACUAGCGGCAAAGCCUAUCAGGAUCCCACUAAAGAUAUAGGUUCUGAACUGGGAAAGGAGAAAGCAGCAGACGUUGAGGGUGUCUGUUGGCGGAUUGCUACCCUUUCAGAUUAUGAAAAUGGAUUUUUUGACGGGGCUAACUUUGAAGAUUGCUAUGUCUGCUUCGUUGAUCCUUCUAAUUACGAAAAUGCGCCUGGUUGGAUGCUGAGGAAUCUGCUGGUGCUUGUAAAACAUCGAUGGAAAUUGAGUAAAAUCCAAGUUUUGAGGUUUCGCGAUGUGCAUUCGAAGCGUGACCAAGGCCGCAGCAUCGUGGUAACAUUAGCAGAGAAGAACCAGCAAACGCCAGUACUGAAGGCGCCAGACAAUCUUAUGCCCAAAGUGACCGGUUGGGAGCGCAAUCCAACAGGGAAAUUGACAGGGAGAUUGGUAGACCUGACGGAAUAUCUGGAUCCCCAGAGGUUGGCAGAUCAGUCUGUAGAUCUCAACCUCAAACUCAUGAAAUGGCGAAUCAGUCCCAACCUAGACCUUGAAAAGAUCAAGCAUACAAAAUGCCUCCUGCUUGGUGCAGGCACCCUUGGAAGCUAUGUUGCCCGGAAUCUGAUGGGCUGGGGCGUUACCAAGAUAACGUUUGUCGACAAUGGGUCGGUAUCAUUCUCCAACCCAGUAAGGCAGCCGCUAUUUAACUUUAAAGAUUGUUUGGAAGGUGGAGUUAAAAAGGCGCACCGGGCUUCUCAAGCUUUGUCGGAGAUUUACCCAGGGGUCGAAUCUACCGGAUAUGCUCUAUCAGUGCCAAUGGCCGGUCACCCCGUAUUAGAUGCUGAAAAGACCCGAGAGGAGUUUGAACUCCUUAAACGAUUGAUAGAUGAGCAUGAUGUCAUCUUUCUUCUAAUGGACACACGAGAAUCCCGCUGGUUACCAACUGUCAUGGGAAAGGCAGCGGGAAAAAUUGUGAUGAAUGCUGCAUUAGGGUUUGACUCCUUCGUCGUUAUGCGUCAUGGUGUGAAGGUUGCACAAGACCAAGCAGCAGAGCUCGGAUGCUACUUUUGCAAUGAUAUUGUUGCACCAGUGAACUCCAUGAAAGACCAGACACUGGAUCAACAGUGUACAGUGACCAGACCUGGCGUGGCCGCAAUUGCUUCGGCUUUAUUGGUUGAGCUGCUAAUUUCCGUCCUUCAACACCCUCUGGGUGCUGCAGCUCCGGCUCCGGUCUCAAGGGAUGAUGAUCGAGGGAGUCAUCCCCUAGGACUCGUGCCACAUCAAAUUAGAGGUUUCCUUUCAACAUUUGAGAAUCUAUGUGUAGUGGGCAGGAGCUACAAGUGCUGUAGUGCUUGCUCAGAAAAAAUCGUUGACACGUACAAGGAGAAAGGCUGGGAUUUUGUGCACAAAGCUUUGAAUGAGACUGGAUACGUGGAAGACCUAAGCGGCCUUAAGGAGGUUCAAACAAUCGCUGAAGCUACAGCUGCAGACAUUGAUUGGGAUGAGGUCUCUGAAACUGGUGAUGAGUUAGAGGCCAUGUGAACUGACAGAUGAUGUUACGCACUCUUUCGAGGCGAGUCCUUUGAGCCGGUAGGCUUCCGCAGAAAUCAUUAUUGUCAAGGAGAUGCGAGCACUUCAUGCCUCAUUGCAUGUUGUUUGCGUGCAAGACCAAUGAAAUAGGCUUCCUUAGAUUCCUAGCAACCAGGUUAGUGACGCUAGACUUGACUGUUUAGGAUCAUUCGCCAGUGUCUGAUACAUUACGUGAAGACUCUGGUUUAAGUCUAUGUACUUUCUGGAACAGCCGCUUGAGCUGCUUCUCCAAAUCUUUGUCUUCGGCUCCCUGGUAGAACUUGCAAACAAAGUGGCCACCUGCCUUCAAGACCUCGAAACUAAACUGUAGCGCAGCUCGGCAGAGGUCCUUCCUUAGGUUAACUGCGUAUCAGACAGAUCGGGUGCAACUCAGAAUUAAAGGCUCACCAUGCUUCCCGCAUGAUCUCUGAAACUCAUGCCACUAGUAUUCAUCAUCCUGUUGUACGAAUCACUUAGACUUCUCUUCCAGAAUCCAGAGGUUUGAUACCAGGGGACAGACAU